AUGGCAAAUAACGAAACGUAUCCCUCGGCCACGCAACAGAGAGCAGCCCGCCUGAAACUGCUGGACAAAAGCUACGUCGUGUCGAAUGGAACGAAAGGAUCCCCACGAUCCCUACCACUCCUCCCCUCCCCAACAUCCAAACCCCCAAAGAGGCGCACGGCUACGCAGCAGUAUCGCCGUGAAAAGAUGCGACGGAAUAAGAAGGCAAGAAAGCAACACAGGAAGGAGCUUACGGAGCUCAAGAACGAGGGGGAUGAGGUCGCCGCGUCAGGUAUGGCGCCCUAG